AUGCAGAGCGACAAUUUGAAAAAGGAGACGGAUAUCUUGCGGAAUAUUACUCAAGCGAGUAAUGCUAUUCGCCGCAAACACAAAAUGAUAAAAUUGGGUAGGGAGACCACUGAAAGAGCUAUGAGUGAAGUGUUUAAACCAGUGAUAACUCCUCUCGAGAAACUGGUGGAUCAAUCGGUAAUGAAGGAACCUUUACAUAAGAUAAAGAAAGAGAAGACAUUUAGUGCUCCUAUACGGAUGAAGAAGGAUGAGGAUGAUGAUGAUGAUUCUGAAUAUAAAACUCUGGUAGAUUUCCCAUUCAGCAUGGAAGAAGCACAUUCGAGUACCCCCAUGAGGAAGAUAUCACCAAUAAAAGCCAUGACUCCAACUGAUCGUAUUUUAUCAAUUAAGCUGGAAUCUCCUACAGCCUCGCAGAAACAUCUCGAGAUGUAUUUGAAUCGUUAUAAUACAGAGCGCGAAGAUAGCGAUCUGGAUAAGGAAUUUGGUGUUCGUCGGCUGCAAGAGGGUAUGAAGAUUGGCGACUCUUUGGUCACGUUCCAUGGCGAUUCAAUGACACUCAAGGGUGAAAAAUACACAUUAACACCCGGUUUAAUCGAAUUGAUCUUUCAGAAAUCACCUAACAUGAGUCUCAUAACUGAAACUGAUAAGCAUACCUACGGUAAUAUCAUACAAAGUACGAAUGCGUACCGAAAGUACUAUAAACCAAAUGGAGCUCUUCGAACAAGUACUAUGAUGAAAUAUCAUAGCAUCAUUGAAGAUAUCAUCAAAUCCAAGAAAACUGGAAUGGCCCUCCCUCAUUAUAUGAUCGCAUCAGCGAAACCCAGGAAAAUGGAUUAUGUGUACUGGGACAAUCCUAAUGAGCUGGUGGAUAGACUCCGACUGCUCAUGGCGUCACAGUCAGCUGGAAAUAUGAGUCACACCAAUGAAAUUAUGUCAAUAAUUGAGGAAUUGCGUGAAGCUAAUAUUAUUUAUUAA